UUCACGUUGAUUUUCUACUUUUCUAUUCAACUAAAUUAAGUUAAAUUCUAUCAUUGUCUCUUGUCUUACCUCUACCUUGCCUUCUCAGUUCUCUCUUUUAUUCUACUGACUUGUGUUCUGCAUAAACCAAAUUCGCCCGUUUAGGCGAACUUGUUUCUAUUCGAUUACAUAUUAUAACCCUGCAAGGAUUAUAUUUAGACAAUGUCUACAUCGGAAACCGAUCUCAGUUCAAUUUCUAAAAUGAAGGUAGCAGAAUUGAAAAAAGAGUUAAAGGCUAGAGGUUUGAGUACAGCAGGAGCCAAAAAUGAACUUCAAGAAAGAUUACAGCAAGCAAUACAAGGAUCAUCACAAGAUUUGGGUUCAGAAGAUGGGAAUGCAGAGUCAGAAAUCUUAGAUGAAGAUGAUGUUUUGGGAGAUGAGGAAGAAGGGGGUGAGUUUGACGAUGACGAGGCAGAUGCGGUGUUGGCUGACGAACCCAAGACUGAAGUCACAGCCAAGGUACCAGCUGCCGUUACAUUGAAACGUCCCGCGCCUCUAGCUACAGAACCAUCACAGGAAGUCCAGCCUAAGAAAAGGGUACUAGUUCGCCCUAUGGCUUUUGGGAAGGAAAAUGGUGAAGAGGAGAAGAAAUCCACAGAAGAAACAAAGAAGGAUUCUGAGGACAAGAAGGUCAUCAAAAUCUCCGGUGUGGCAGUUAAAGAUCGGCUUGAAAUGAGAGCUCAAAAGUUCGGUGUGCCGCUCUCUGUAGAGGCAAAGAAAGAAGCCCGUGCGGCAAGGUUCGGCUUGGCCACGACCCAGGAGAAAAAAACCCAGGAGAACACUAAUGUAAUCUCAACAAAAAUUGGCACCAAUAAAAUAAUAAAAUUUGAGGGUCCAAGUGCUGACGUCCUAAAGAAACGAGCUGAACGAUUUGGAUGUAACGUCAGUACUUUGGCUGUAAAGAUCGAACAACAGGAGAAGCUGAAAAAGAGACAAGAGCGCUUCGGAAUCACAAGUUCUGUUCCUGCGACAGCGGUUGCAACAGUUGCGAAAACAACAGUCUCCACAAAGACCCACACCCCCAUCACAAUGAGCGACAUGGAGGCAAAGAAAAAGCUACGAGCAGAAAGAUUCAAGAUCUAAAUUAGAAUGUGUGUGUGUAUCAGCGAAUUUACCUUGAGAAAAUUAGUUUUAAUUUUAUGCUAGAGUCACGAUUGUUUUUUACUGUAUAUUUUACAAAAUUAUUGUACAUAUAUUGCUCUUUCGUCAUAGGUUAAGUAAUUAUAAAUCAUGAUUUGUAUA